AUGGUUGCCGGCGGCGCACGAAUAGGUCUGGCCAACGAGCGUCAGAGCGUAACGGAUAGGGAGCGUCAGAUGAUGGAAAGAGAGGAACCACCGUUUCAGAGGAGGAGUGUGCGCGAAAUCUUGCGUGGAAUGAGGGAGGCGCAGCAGAGGGCACAAGAGGAUAAGACCGAGCGUUGCGGAUCGGAGGCACUACAACAGAGGAGGGAGGGGGAGAGGAUGGAGGAGGGGGAGGAGCGGAAGGUGGAGCGCGAAAAGGAGGUCUUGCGUCAAAGGGAAGAAAACGAGAGGAAGAUGGAGGAGGCGAGGAAGGUGGAGCGGGAAAAGGAGGAGAAUCAGCAAAGGGAAGAGGAAGAGCGGAAGAGGGAGGAGGUGAGGAAGGUGUGGCGCAAAAAGGAGGAAAAUCGGCAGAGGGAAGAGGAAGAGCGGAAGAGGGAGGAGAGAAAGGCUGAGUGCAAACAGGAUGAAAAGUGGCAGAGGGAGGAGGACGAACGGAAGAGGGAGGAGGAGAAAAAGGCAGAGCGCGAACAAGAGGAGAAGCGGCAGAGGGAGGAGGAAGAGCGGAAGAGGGAGGAGGAGAAAAUGGCAGAGCGCGAACAUGAGGAAAAGCGGCAGAGGGAGGAGGAUGAGCGAAAGAGGGAGGAGAAAAAGGCAGAGCGUGAACAGGAGGAAAAGCAGCAGAGGGAGGAGGAGGAGCGGAAGAGGGGGGAGGAAACGAAGGCUGAGCGCAAACAGGAGGAGAAGAGGCGGGAGGAGGACGAGUGGAAGAGGGAGGAGAAAAAGGCAGAGUGCGAACAGGAGGAGAAGCGGCAGAGGGAGGAGGAAGAGCGGAAGAGGGAGGAGGAGAAAAAGGUAGAGUGCGAACAGGAGGAAAAGCGGCAGAGGGAGGAGGAUGAGCGGAAGAGGGAGGAGAAAAAGGCAGAGCGCGAACAGGAGGAAAAGCGGCAAAGGGAGGAGGAGCGGAAGCGGGAGGAGGAAACGAAGGCUGAGCGCAAACAGGGGGAGAAGCGGCAGAGGGAGGAGGACGAGCGGAAGAGGGAGGAGAAAAAGGCAGAGCACGAACAGGAGGAGAAGCGGCAGAGGGAGAAGGAAGAGCGGAAGAGGGAGGAGGAGAAAAAGGCAGAGCGCGAACAGGAGGAAAAGCGGCAGAGGGAGGAGGAUGAGCGGAAGAGGGAGGAGAAAAAGGCAGAGCACGAACAGGAGGAAAAGCGGCAGAGGGAGGAGGAGGAGCGGAAGAGGGAGGAGAAAAAGGCCGAGCGCGAACAGGAGGAGAAGCGGCAGAGGGAGGAGGAAGAGCGGAUGAGGGAGGAGGAGAAAAAGGCAGAGCGCGAACAGGAGGAAAAGCGGCAGAGGGAGGAGGACGAGCGGAAGGAGGAGAAAAAGGGCGAGCGCGAACAGGAGGAAAAGCGGCAGAGGGAGGAGGAAGAGUGGAAGAGGGAAGAGGAAACGAAGGCUGAGCGCGAACAGGAGGAGAAGCGGCAGAGGGAGGAGGACGAGCGGAAGAGGGAGGAGGAAAGGAAGUCUGAGCGUGAAAAGGACGAGAAGCGGCAGAGGGAGGAGGAAGAGCGGAAGAGGGAGGAGGAAAGGCGCGAAAAGGAGGAGAAGCGGGAAAAGCGCCGGAGGGAGGACGAACGGGAGCAGAAGAGGCUGGAGGCCAAGGAGCAAGAAACGCGCGAAAAGAAGGCGAGGGUGGAGGAGCAAGAGCGACAGAGGCUGGUGGCCGAGACCCGGGAGCGAGAAGCACGCGAAAGGGAGGAAGCGCGGCAGAGGCAGGAACGGGAACGGAAGAGAAGCGAAAGCGAAUGCAGAAGGAAAGAGCUUCAAAGGCUUAAGCGCAAAAGGCUAGUGGCAAGACAGACGGAGGAAGCCCGUGAGCAUCAUGGUGUGGAGCGUUAG